AUGAAGAGCUUCUCAAUAGCCUCAUUACCCCUUGUGAUCUCACUAACCACAUCAUGCACCCACUCCCCAGCCGACUCCCCGAGCAUCUCACCGGUACCUCGUAAUAAGCCCCCAAAAUAUCACACUACCUCCCCAAAAAUCCCCCUCUCAGUCCGUAAACACUGGAUCCACCAAGCCAACACCCUCGCCCUCUUCCCCUACCCCUGCCCCUUCGCAGCCUUUGGCACCGUCAUCGUGAACCACACCCUCGACAACCCCCAAGGAACCCUCAUCUGCACUGGCGCAAACCAGAAUUCCCUGGCCGGCAACCCGACUCUUCACGGGGAGAUGGCAGCAAUAAACAACUGCUCCUCAAUCUUUGUCUCCUCGGCUUAUAAUAUGACACCAGCGGAGUCGCUAGCCGCGUUCAAGGACCUGAGCUUGUACACCAACGCCGAAAGCUGCCCCAUGUGCGCUGCUGCUGUGAGGUGGGCGGGGUUUAGGGAGUAUGUUUAUGGGGUGUCUAUCAAAGAGUUGAUUGAGCUGGGAUGGGGACAGUUGGAUAUAGGGAGUGAGGAGGUUAUUGGGAGUGGAGUCGGGAUGAGGGAUCAGGACCCGGAGGUGGUGCUUGGGGGGGUGGGAAGUGAGGAGAGUAAGGUGUUGUUUGGGUGGCAGUUUGCCGGGGGGGAUUGUCCAUCGGGUUGUGAAAGAGGGGAACGGAGCGACGGGUGUUUGCCGGUCGAGUUAGAGUAG